CGAAGAAGUUCAGACGCGCCGCAGUCGAUCGUUCGGUCAGUCAGUCAGGUCUUCCUUCGGCGCCCGCGUUGUCUAUUCACCUACUCGAUGGCACACUUGGCAUACGCGACGCGUACGAUUGUUUAGUCGCAUCCGACGACCAAAACGCGAUCGCUGGACAACGCACACAGAGACAAUAUAAAUACAGUUACGAAUUUAAUAUUCUACGCUUCAAAGAGUUGACGAAUCAGUUGGGAACAAUACCCACAGAGUGCCGAAUCAAAUAUUUAGUGUCUACGAAUAUUUUAUUAGUGAUAUUGUUUGAAAUUUAUUUAAAAAAAAUGGAUCUGCGUGUGAAUAAGUUUAAGUUACAGUUAUCGGUCUUUGUUACAAUCACAGUUUUGUCGUUAUCGCCUGUGGUGGAAGGAAAAACAAAAUGCGAAGGUGGUGAUGGGUUGAAAUAUCUUUGGGGCGACGCGUUGACAGAUUCAGCUGAUUGCCUUGGACCCAAUCAACAGCCCUACCCCAGCGCAGCGAUAGCGCGCUCGUUUCGCUCGUCGAGUAUAUGGACAGGAAGCGCACGUACGGGUCGCGUGAAGAGUCAUACCAUCGACCCAGAAUUGACCCGGAAAGCACUGUUAGCAGCUCAUGAACGUAACAUGGGUGACACACACACGCCCACAUUAUCAAGAACUGGAAGGGCCAGUUCUUCAGCAUCAGUGCCCACAUGCACAUCAACACCAUCGAGGCUUUGCAGAACGCGUUACAACACCACAGCGCCCAUGUAUGGUGUUUCGCUCACCUCCGGCCAACCGGUGACCAUUGUGCAGAAGUUCCCCGACUUAUUGCAACAAGUUGUAUUCGAGGUGUGCGAGAGCAGCGAGUGUGAUGUGGUGCGUGGCGAAUGCACGCAAACAUACGUACCGUACCUCUUCCUGGUGAUACCCCUGGGUCCCGUAACGCUCACCGGGCAGGAUUACGUGCUGGUGGAGAGCGGUUGUGUCUGUCGGCCGAAAAACUCAGCGCAGGUCAACAGUGACGCCGGCGGAGCCAUUGCAUCAAUCUCCAGUCGACCAUAGCGUAGCCCCAACUGUACUUUGGAUUUGAAACCACAGGGAGCGCCACACAUCCCAUAUCCACUUCUGUCGCAGCAUAAUAUCUUUAACUUAUUUUGAUUAUUUUGUAUAUUUAUUAUUUUGUUUAUUUAUGUAGGCGACUAUCGACGACAACGAAGCUUCUUUAUAACCAGAGGCUGUAUCAAUAUGUAUCGAAUAUAAUGUGAUUUCAACACUCAAUCAUUCAAUCUCCUGCGCAUGGAGAUAUUUAGAAAUUAGCUACAUUUUGUUAUGUUUGAUAUAAAUUUUGUAAUUAUCAUCGAAUCGAUAACAAAAGACUUGUGAGAAUGUAUUCGAAGAGACAAAAUAUAUUAUUACUAGCCAUGUCAUCAUUUUAUUGAUUUGGGUAAUACCUAUUUAUUAUCUUAUCGGAAAUAAUCGAGAGGAUCAAAAACAUGCUUAAAAUGAACACGGCGACGAUUUAUUUACUCAGUUUCGUACAAGUUUUGCGUUCAUCAUGGCAAAAUUGAUUUGGAUCUUUGUUUUGGUGGUGUCUGGUUGUUUGGCCAGCAAUGACAACAACAAUAUCUCUGGUGACUCAAAUAGAGACUUUGUAGAAGAAACGAUAAAAGGUCAAAUUGUGAAGAAGAUUGAGGCACUGCUGCCAUUGUUGGAGGCGAUUGACGGUUCACCAAUCAUUGAUGACGUGGACAUACCUUUAGAAAACAUCGGCGAACUUACAAUCAACAGUCUCUUAUUAAAUGGAAUCAGCAAGCUCGAGUAUGAUAUAACAAAUGUGGUUGUAAUCAAUGGUAUUAAUAAUUUCACUGCGGAUAUUGAAUUGUCCUGGACUGGCGAGAACACAUUGGAAAUUGAAUAUAACCAUAAUCUAGAUCUCACUGAUCCCAAUUCAGAAUUAUCAUGGUUAGCAGGCAAUAGUGGCUUGGAUUUGCUUAUCAAAGAUACCACCAUUAUUCUCAGCGUUACCAUGGAAUACAUAACUCAAUUGAAAGCGUUGGAAAUUGACAUAAAAAUAGGCAAAGAUACAGAGUUUAAACGCUUACAACUUGGUACUAUCGAUCUGACUGAAUCGGUAAAUGGUUUACUUCAUAAUCAGGACAUUCAAGACAUAAUUAUUGCUGUAAUCAAUGAACUCAUUCAAUCCUUGUUGGGCACAGAGAAGCUGAGUACUGAAAAUUUCGUGCCAUUGGUUUCGGCCAAAUUUAACCAACAUGGGAGUGGAAUAAUAAAGGAUUUGUUGAUAUUGACACAUCGUUUGCGGGUUCUAUAAAGUUUCUUUUAAAUAUAUUUAAUUUUCUGUAAUUGUACUUGGUACAAAUGAGAUUGAUUAAUCAAUAAAAAGUGACUUGUUAUCAA